CCCUCCGCCCGCUCGGCGAAACUUAGCGAGCAGGCUCUGCCCGAAUAACUUUAUUCUGGAUAAAAUCUGCUUUCAGAUGAUCGGUCAGCUGAAAAAUCCUUGUUGGGCAAAUUCUUCUAUUUUGGGAAUGUCACAGACGCUGUGCUGUAGAAGAUGCACUAUUACCGAUAUUCUAAUGCAGAAGUCAGCUGUUGGUACAAAUACUUACUCUUCAGCUACAACAUUGUCUUUUGGCUAGCUGGAGUGGCCUUCCUUGCAGCUGGUCUGUGGGCAUGGAGUGAAAAGGGUGUAUUGUCUGAUCUGACAAAGGUGACUGGUCUUCAUGGUCUGGACCCAGUGGUGCUUGUCUUAGUGGUGGGAAUAGUGAUGUUUACUUUGGGAUUUGCUGGUUGUGUGGGAGCACUGAGAGAAAACAUCUGCCUGCUGAAGUUUUUCUGUGGAACAAUUGUGUUCAUAUUCCUGUUGGAGCUGGCAGUAGCAGUUAUGGCUUUCCUGUUCCAAGACUGGGUGAGGGACAGGGUAAAAGAAUUCUUUGAGAAUAACAUUAAAUCCUACCGAGACGACAUUGACCUCCAGAACAUCAUUGAUUCACUACAGAGAAUUAACCAUUGCUGUGGUGCCCAAGGUCCAGAAGACUGGGACUUUAACAUAUACUUUGACUGCAAGAGUGAAAGCAAAAGUCGUGAGAAGUGCGGAGUUCCUUUUUCCUGCUGUAUACCUGAUCCUGCUCAAAAAGUUGUGAAUACACAGUGUGGCUAUGAUAUCAGAAAGAAGAGCAAAAGUCAAUGGGAUGAUCAGAUUUUUGUCAAAGGAUGUAUUCAUGCACUUGAAGCUUGGUUACCUCGAAAUAUCUACAUUGUUGCAGGUGUCUUCAUAGCUAUCUCACUGCUCCAGAUCUUUGGGAUUUUCCUAGCCAGGACAUUGAUUUCUGAUAUUGAAGCUGUAAAGGCAAGUAAUGCCUUCUGAAUACGAAAGCAGACGCAAGUUGCAAGACAGUAUAUGUUAAGAUUAUUGAUUGAACAUCGAGGCAGAAGAAAUGCACAGACCAUGAAAUAUUCCUGUUGUUAAAAGCCUUAUGUGGAUUUUUUUUACCUGCUCAUGUUUUUUGUUAGAAGCUGUUAUAAAAAAGAAAAAUCACCAAACACUUGCUGUCUACCUUUUUUUCUAACAAGAUAACUCAGUGCACCAGCAUUGAUCUCUGAGGAAGAAAUGGAAUUCCCCAAGACAUCGAGAGAACAGAUUUUAAAGACUGUAGCAGGGAGACAUGAAACUGCUGUAAACCCUUUCCUUGAAGGACUGCUAUGAAGAUUGUUCUGUCUUCACUCCUGUCAUCUGUCUUAAAAUGUGAUCUUUUCAAGUGUCACAUGCUGAUUUCUUCAUAACCUUGCAAUCGUGCUAAUCUCUACAGUAGACGUAUCCAAUCAUUUUGGCAACAUAUCCAGCAACCAUAAUUGGAAACUGGGAAAAAAAAAAUCACAAACUGUCUAGAUCUUUAAUUGAUUUUAGGUUGUGCAAACCCCACACUGUUUUGAAAAAUGCAAGCCAGUUCCCAGGGUGGGAAAAAUCUGACUAUCUAUAGCAUUAAGUCUUACAAAUCUCCAUUUCAGCCAAGAGAGCGUAAAGCCCUGAUGCUGUUUCCUGUCUGAGAAAAAUGUAAAUAUUCUUUAUUUAUAGAAGAAAAACCUCUUUAAAAAUGCUUAUCCUUUCAAUGAUCAGUAAUAUCUUUACAAAGUGCUGUCUGCAUACACUUCAGAAUGCAGCUUGUUUCAGUAGGUAGCAAGCAUGCCGUGCUAGCUGUUGAUGGCUUUUGUUGUUCCUCUUUCUCUCACAACUGCUAUGUUGAUCUUCACAAGUCUUAACUGCCACUACCAGGACUGAUGAAAGACUUACAAAUUCAGUGUUAAUCCUUACUGAAACAAGUUUUUUAAAUAAGGAAGUACAGAUUUAGCAAAAGACAGAGUUGUUAAAUUUUUAAGUCUUGUAUAAAGCCAUUGAGCCAUCAGUUCUGCCUGGUUCAUGGUUCAAAUGUGAAUCAAAACACAGUGAACCAGAAUGAUUUAUUCAUUCAUUUUCUACAUGAAGCUGAACUAGUCCCCCUUAUGUCAGGGUUUUUAUUUUAAUCAAGAGAAAAGUAAACUCUUCUUCCAGUCCUCCCUUUGUGGGGGGUUAGUAGAUGGAUCUGUAGUUCAGUAGGAGUUUCAAUCUCUUCUGUAAGACUUUGGUGUUGUACCCUUAGCUGUAGGGUAAAAGCAUGUAGCUGAAAAGUUCUUGGAAGUAGCUGUCAGUUUUACUGUGGGCCACAUAACUAACAUCGUUUACUGCUUCCAGUGACACCAGGUUUUUCAGGGAGAGCAGGUUCAUUUACAGUGCCUAACACAGUGUAAAUUUUAGAAAAGUAUCUAUUUUUAUAAUGGUAUUUUACUAUAUGUAGUGUGCCUGAAGGUUUUAAUACUUGUAUUUCUAAAGUAUAUGGCUUUCUUUGGAAGCCAGACUUUUAAAUAUAUUAUGUCCUUUCUUUCUAUUAUGCAUGUAUUAACAAACAUUUCACUGGCAAACGAUUGAUCAACAGUAACAGACUCUGUGUCUGGUUGAUUGUCCAGACAUCCUAGCUUGUAAUCUGUGAAGCACUUCAGACAGUGCUCAUGUGUACUUCAGCUUUCAUAGUUCUUUUUCUGGCCAGUGAUUGAGACACAACAGGAAAAGGAAGCUUGUCUAAGGAUGGCUGAUUUCCUUACAGUAGCAGAGAAUAGCCUGCUAUUAACUCAUCUGAGAACCUGAAAGUAAAAUGGCUAGAAGUGCACUGUGACUUUUUAAACUUUGGUAUACCACAAGAAAACAAUAGCAGUAGAUCGCUGAGGGGAGAGCAAGAGGCAUUUCUUCUGUAAAGCCAUGAAUUUGAGGUCUGUAUUACUUAUUUGUUGAAUCUGAUCCACGAGGAGCAGCCAGAAAUGUGUGAUUGUACUAUGACUUGGCAAGCAGCAGAGCAGUGGCCAGCAAACUUUGCUUUAAAUUCUGGUGCUUUAAACUUUACAACACCUCACCAACCAACUUAUUUGGUUAAGGUUAUGUGUGAUAAUCUGAUAUAUGUAAAAUUUGAGAGAGAUGCUUCCUAUUUGGAACUUCUUAGUAAGAAAACAUUGCAUUGAAAACACCAGCUAGGGAGUACAUUUCCCUUUGCCAGUUCUUGACACAGCCAGCUCCUAAUGCUAGGAAGGAAUUCCAGCAGUUUGGUGAAAAUCAUUCCGGUGUCAAAGAUGGCUGUGGAGUUGCUACACUGAAAUUAGCUGCUGACAAGAGCCAGCGUUACAGAUUAGCAUUCCAGGGUCUGCAAAUCUUGCCAAGUUACCUGAAGACAAAUUAAUACUUGUGGUUUUUUUGAAGUACUGUUUGUAUGCAUACCAGAAUGUAACAGAAGUAUUGUCUUUCCACAGUUUAUUCUUAAUGUCUUUGGCCAUAUUAGCACCAGCCUUUAUAUCAGUGUUUCAGUUAUUUGGAACUGAAUUUGAGAGACAUUCAACUUACUUGAGGAUCUUUAAAUUCAUUGAGUGUUUUUUCUCUUUUGCCACUGUGGAUAAACUUCUCUGUGCUUAUUCAUUGUAAUUUUUUUAAAUUCUGGGGCUCUAGGUUGUUUUGUCCCUGUAUGUUCUGAAGGACUCCCAUACAUGGCUAGUGUAAUUUCAGACUUGUAAUGGGAAUUUCUACUUAGAUUUAUUUAGAACCUUCUCUGUGGACCUGCAGUGACUUCAUGGCUAAAGGUUUAGGUGAUGGUCUAAAAAAAGUCUUGUCAGCAAAAACAGUUGGGUGUGAGCCUGCCUCUAAAGCCUCAAAGGAAAAGUAAUUCAGUGAUCUCACAGAGAGGUUUGAUACAUUGCUGAUGCUGAGAUUUCAGCGACUGCCUUUGGAACAGCUUCACAAACACUACAGUGGAACCAAGGUUUUUCAUGAAGAUGUCAAAUGAGGUCAGACUUGAAGAACUGAACUGAGAGAAGCAAACUUCAAUGUAAUCACUUCUACUUCUCAGAAAUGAGCACAAUUUAUUUCCGUUAAGCAAUGUACGUAUCUGUCAGUCUGUUUGACAGUGCAGCUGCCUGUGUUUUUAUUGAUGUAACUGCAUUUGGACACAGUUUCCCUGUACAUGAAGAGGAGAAUGAAUGAGCACUGAAAAGUGCAGUGACCAAAGGACCUUGGGCUGCCUGGUGAAAACCUGAAUGUUUCUUCCCAAGAGGUCUUUAGCUUUGGUGACCUCAUGCAGUGCCAUGUGGACAGGCAUGUGCUUUCAGCCCACGGAGCUUGACGUGGCCAUUGAUGUAUGUGUAAAAUUGCCUUGGGUCUUGUCUCCCCAUUCCAUCCUUCUUCCCCUUACUGCCUGUGCAUUGCCAUGCAGCUUGAACUUUGUUCAGCCACUGGAAGGGGAGCUCACAGGAGCUCCUCUUCUGAGAUGGCUUUUCUGAGUGACUUUCAAUAUAUUUUUUUUCUCAAGCCUUAAAUUUGAUUAAAUAAAAUUUAAUAUUUUCUACUCCUGAGUUUGAUUCCUGAGAUUUGUUGCUUCCAGUCACUAAUAUUUCACUCUCAAAGGUUUAGACUUACCACUGCGGCUGCUUGUUUGUGGAUAACUCAGUAAUGGUCAAGGUCCAGGGGUACUUGUUUUCUGUAUUUUGCCAAAAGUAAUUCUUGAUAUUUUUUCUUUUCAGUUUGGGCUGUUGAAUAAUAGAUAAGAGUAAUGCUUUUCUCUGCACUGUUAAUGGAAAGCCAUGAACAAGUGAAGAGCUGCAGAAUGGUGUAG